UGAUUGUCUAGCUGAGCCUAGCUAUGGCGUUGCAUGGCUAUAGGCCCUGCUACUGGUACCACCAGAUCUGAUGGAAGCCAUGUCCGGGGAGGGGCCCUAGAUCACAAUCAUGCUCAACUAUGAUGGGGGUGAUGACGUGAGAAUGAAGAUUAACGUGGAAGGGGCGAAAGAGGUGGAGAUCCGGACUGAUGGGAAACUGCAGGACGCGAUCACGGAGGCUAAAGACCGUGCGGAGAGGCUCUGCAGGAGGGACGGAGUGACUGCAAGGUUGCAGGUUACGGUCUCAUAUCAUGAGACCGAGACCUCAAUGGACACAGCGGACCUUGAACAGGCCCACGUGGACAGGGAUUCGGGUGGUGAGAGUGAAAUGAGCGAAGCGGGAGACCGGGAGACAGAUCUCAGGUCCUGGAAUAGACCAGGGGAGAUCCAGAGGCAUCACCGGGCCGUGAAGAUGGUGGAAGAGGGACCCGAGGCCAGCUCACGACAACUGACACCCAAAGGCCGCGGAAUGGGUGAGAAGCAGAGCAGGGAAAAAAGACACGAAGGGGAGGCGGUGGAGAAUACGCCCCCAGUUGAUGGAUUACUGGAUCAGGAAGAAGAUGUCCGUCUCCAUAUCAACAAGUGGUCGCCGCGGGUGCCCAGCUGUGUAGGCUAUCCUAUCUGGCAAGCGCCGAAUGGGUAUGAAAGGAGGGCCGAACUAGUCCUUAAWCCCUUUGAAGAAGAGGAUCCCUGGGGUGGUAAGGAUGUUCAGUGGAUGAUGGAGUUGGCGCUGGCUAGUUCGCAUAGUCUGAUGGAGGACAUGAGGACGAUCGAGGAAGGACCAGGCGAGGUAGAACGACAUGAGGACCUGAUGGGAGGAAUGUAUCUCCUCGUCAACAUGUUAUUGCAGGAAAGCCUCGACCAGUCAGGCUCGUUGAACCCGGCAGGGAAUGUGGACGAAGUGCCCGAGAGGCAGGACGACGAGUUCGAGAAAGGGGAGAUUAAGGAGGCCUUUCGUGCGGAGGAGUAUGACGGGAUCUACCUAGAGCUGAGACUCCUUUUGUCUUGCGAAAUGCGGUUAAGGGAUGCAAGCGAUAGGGCUCAGAGGAUGCUGCAGCGCUACUUAGUGUCUGACUUUACGAAGACAGCCAUGCCAAAAGGAGGGAAGGGGACGCGGCCGCCUCGGAGGCCGUUGGGCGCUUCAGGAGGAUAUGAGCGGCAUGAGCCUCGCCAUCGAGAGAACACUCCAGAGUACUAUGGUGGCGACAUCGAGAUAUUCCUAGACAGCUUCUGGGAGCAUACGCGGCGUAUGGGUUGGACUGUGACCCAGGAGAUUAAGAGGCUGAGGGGAGUCGACAGAUUCAAGGAGCCCGUCGCACGGAUCCGUAGGGAGGUGACGACGAGGUCAGAGGUGGAGUUGAGGAUGCAGGGGCUGCGACCCGCGCUUGUGGGACCUGAUGGCAGGCCGACCCGUCUGGAGAUUGGAAAUGCGUCGGACUUCAUCCCCGCGUUUGAGCGGUUCAUGCAGGGGCAAGUGGAGUUCCAUCGGUUUACCGAGGGUGGAUUGAGGAGGUCUCCAGCACACACACAGGAGGAGCCGCCAACAUCUGAGGGGCCCUGGAGGGAGUUGGAGACGCAUUUGGAUAUCUCUCGAUGGAGGGCGUCGCCUCGGGGUGAGGAGCAUGGAGAACAGGCAGAGGAGGUACCACGAGAGGAGGUGCCACGGGAGGAGGUAUCACGAGAGGAGGUGCCACGAGAGGAUGUACCACGAGAGGAGGUGCUACGAAGGGAGGUGUCACAGGAGGAGGUACCACGAGAGGGGAUGCCACGGGAGGAGGUCCAGGAUACUCAGCGAGAGAGAGGGUUGGGCGAUGAGGGGAGACGUGCAGGGAAGAAAGUGAUAGAGGUUGGAGAGGACACGCCCCCUCAGACACCAGCGGUGGGUUUGAGACUCGGGGAUGCACCAGGGAGCACUCGCCAGGCAGGGGAGAGGUUGCAGAGAGAGGAGGCCCCAUUACCUUCAUCAGAAAAGGCUCCUUCGCCAGAGGGAAGAGCAGAAAGGAGGAGAGAGAGGGCAGUUGUAAGGAGAGAAGCCUUGACCCUGAUUGACAGGCACCUAGCAGCUCAUGGCCUGGAGCACCCAGACCUUGAGGAGCCAGCACCUGCAGAGCCGCGCCAGGAGCCGUACCAGCCCGAGAAGGAGGUAGAGGCAGAGAUCCUGAAGAGGGUCGACCUCCGCACGAGGGAAAGGGCGUCAGCUGGAGAGACAACUGAAGGAAAGAGGGCUAGAAGAACCAGGAGGAUAGAAGAGAUAUGGCAUGAGAGGCAGAGAUUGGAGGCGGCGGGGACACUUCCGGAGCAGCAGCAGGAGAGGCAGAGAUUGGAGGCAGAAGGGGCGCUCCCGGAUCAACCGCCCAGCGUGCCAGCUAAGGCCUCGGAGAUCCCGGAGAUGUGGAGGGACUUCUGGGAGCAGAGAGGAGAGGAGCUUCCUUCGCCAACCAGAGCGGGGUUUGGGGUGGCAAGGAAGGUGGAAGAAAGGUUGGAUCACAAAAUCAAGUUCCUGGCCAAGACGACUUUUGACCAGCACUUUUUAUUGGAAAGCGAUAUGGCAGGGAAGAAGACAAAGGAAGAAGGCUAUGGAGUACUCCUGGAGGCUAUGGAGGUGGAAAUCUAGGAGCUCAGGGCAUUGGUGGCCAGUCAGGCAGCUAUCAUCGAGAGCCUGGGGCAGCAAUCUCAG